AUGUUUGGCAAUCAACUUGGUAACUCCUGCUUUAGCGUCAACUUUGCCCGUGACUUUUCUGCCUCCACCCGAGUCUACCUUGUGGAGUCGCCUCCGACCGCCCCCGAGCACCCGAAGGUGCAAUUCUUCACCGAUGCCAACUGCCGAUCGGCUUCGUACUCGAUCAACUUGGAGAGCGAUGAUGAGUUUGCCUGCGUGACCAACGCGAGCCUUCCCUAUUCCUUUGGCUUUGUUCACCUUGGCAACGACAAGGUUGCUCUGCUGGGCGAGUGCAACUCGAACUGCAACAACUGCGAAUUCAACGCCAUUGGCAGCUUCGACCAGUGCCAAACCGCUCAAGGAAAGUACUUUGUGGUUGCAAAGAAGAGCGCUGCUGGCCUUCUCCAAGUCCCCACUCUCGCCAUGAUGUCUGCGUUUUUGGUUGCCAUGUUCAUGUCGAAGAUGUUCUAAAAUCCUCGGCAUCGAUGCGUGCAUGCAUGCAUGGGGCUUCGUGUAUUUUGCAUUGUCUCUGUUUCUGCUUGGGUCGUGAUCCAAGCAGGUGUGUCCAAACACAGCUCCAAUACAGUACUGUACAUUCGGCUGUUUUCUG